AACGCCUAACGCACUUCCGCCUGAAGGCCACAGAGACUGGUAGUGGAGCGGCCUAGAGAGGCCUCUGUAAGGCUGGAGGGGGUAGGAGGCGGAAGCGACCCGGAGAGGCAAGAUGGCCACUGCUGGGGGUGGCGGAGGAGCCGCCUCUGGGGGCCGGCGUACCUGCCUCCUCUUUUGCUUCGUUCCUCUGCUGGCAGCUUUGUGCCAAGCAAAUUCAGUGGAGAGGAAGAUCUACAUCCCCUUGAAUAGAACAGCUCCCUGUGUCCGCCUGCUCAAUGCCACUCACCAGAUUGGCUGCCAGUCUUCCAUUAGUGGGGACACAGGAGUAAUCCAUGUAGUGGAAGAGGAGGAAGACCUGAAGUGGGUCCUAACUGAUGGCCCUAACCCACCCUACAUGGUAUUACUGGAAGGCAACCUUUUUACCAGGAAGCUGAUGGAGAAGCUGAAGGGAACCAAACGAAUCUCUGGUCUUGCUGUGGCUCUCGCUAAACCCAGCCCUGUAGAUGGUUUUUCUCCCAGUGUUGAGUGCCCUAAUGAUGGGUUCGGUAUCUACUCUAACUCCUAUGGGUCAGAGUAUGCCCACUGCAAACAAUUAAAGUGGAACCCACUAGGCAAUGGGUUAGCCUAUGAGGAUUUUGACUUCCCCAUCUUUCUGCUAGAAGAUGAGAAUGAAACACAAGUUAUCAAGCAGUGCUAUUGGGACCACAACCGGGGAGUGAAUGGAUCUGCUCCAGCCUACCCACUGUGUGCAAUGCAGCUUUUCUCACACAUGCACGCCGUCACCAGCACAGUCACCUGCAUGCGGCGUAGUGCUAUCCAGAACACAUUCAGCAUCAACCCAGAAGUUGUCUGUGACCCCCUGACUGACUUCAACGUGUGGAACACAUUGAAUCCUUUGAAUGCAUCUGGGAAGUUAGAGCCUGGGGACAAGGUGAUCAUCGCUGCCACCAGGUUGGACAGUCGUUCAUUCUUUUGGAAUGUGGCUCCUGGGGCUGAGAGUGCUGUUGGUUCCUUCAUCACCCAGCUGGCUGUGGCUGAAGCUCUGCAGAAGGCGCCAGAUGUGGCAACUCUGCCCCGGAAUGUUAUGUUUGUCUUCUUCCAAGGGGAGACUUUUGAUUACAUCGGUAGCUCACGGAUGGUGUAUGAUAUGGAAAAGGGCAAGUUUCCUGUCCAGCUAGAGAACAUACACUCAUUCGUGGAACUUGGACAGGUAGCCUUGAGGAAUUCUUCAGACUUGUGGAUGCACACAGAUCCCAUGUCUCAGAGAGAUGAGUCCAUCUAUACCGAGGUCCAGAAUCUCCUGACCGUACUGAAGAAUAGCAGCACUGGUGUCCCUAAUGUGACAAUGCAAGAGGCAAACCGACAACAUUCUCUUCCACCAUCCUCCCUGCAAAGGUUUCUCCGUAGCCAAAACAUCUCUGGUGUUGUGCUUACUGACCACCCUGGCUCCUUUUAUAACAGGUAUUAUCAGAGCAUCUAUGAUACCUCUGAAAACAUUGGUCUGAAGUAUCCUGCAUCCCUGACACCUGAUGAGGCUAUGGACUUUGUGACUGACACGGCCAAGUCCUUGGCAGCUGUGGCCACAGUGCUGGGACGUGCACUAUACCAGCUAGCAGGGGGAAGCAACCACACCGCUGUUGAGGCUGAUCCAAUAACGGUCUCUCGCUUGCUCUAUGGAUUCCUGGUUAAAGCCAACAACUCAUGGUUCCAGUCAGUUAUCAGGCAGGACCUGAAGGUGUUCCUAGGAGAAGGGCCCCUCCAGCAUUACAUUGCCGUCUCCAGCCCCAUCAACACCACCUAUGUGGUGCAGUAUGUGCUGGCAAACUUGACUGGCACUGUGGUCAAUCUUACCCGGGAGCAGUGCCAAGACCCAAAGAAGGCCCAAGAUGCCAACAAGGAUCUGUAUGAGUAUGCAUGGGUCCAAGGCCCCAUGGACCCCAGUGGGACAAGUAGGCUCCCCCAGUGUGUGCGCUCCACAGCACGACUGGCCAAGGCCGUGUCUCCUGCCUUUGAGCUGCAGCAGUGGGGAUCCUCUGAAUAUUCUACCUGGACAGAAAGCCGCUGGAAAGACAUUCGUGCUCGCAUUUUUCUUGUAGCCAGCAAGGAACUUGAGUUUGUCACCCUGAUUGUGGGCCUCAGCAUCCUCUUUAUCUCUCUCAUCGUUACCUACUUCAUCAAUGCCAAAGCUGACAUCCUGUUCACCACCCCUCGAGAGCCGGGAGCCGUGUCUUACUAAGGAUGGGAGACCAAGUCCUUCCCUGCCAGUUCCCCGAAUCCUUUCCUGGAUGGACAGUCUCCUUCCAGGGCACAAACCACUAGGUCGACACUGGAAAUUCCCCUGGCCCAGGGCAGACUGAGUCUAAUGGGCAGGAGCGGAACUGUCCUACACAAGAGACAGACCAGCAGACAAAUAUUACCUCCCUUUUCUUCCUCCUCCUCCUCCUUUCCUUCCCCCCCCCCAUUCUGGAAUUACAAAAGGAGGUUACCAUCUCCUGUAACUUUCCUUUUUUGCUCCAUGCCUUCCCUUCCUCUCCUGUCCUCACCCUUCUCCCUUACCCACCACUCCCCUACCAGGAAUAAGGGGCUGGGGGGCAAAGGGAGGGAAUUCUUGUAUUGAAUAAUGUGGUUCUCCUAAGCUAGGAUGGAAGGAAACCUUUGUGGGCUGAGCUUGAUGCCUCUUUCCCAGUGUACUUCUUCCCAGCCCCUAGAUGGCAAAUCUAGGGUUGGAGUGCCACAGGAUGGGGGUUUCCUUUUUGACCAAUGAUGGUCAAUUGUAUUUUUUUUCUUAAAUUGUAAUAUCUUUUGUUGUUGGUUUUGUACAUAUAUAAAUAGUCAAUUUCAUUAAAACAGAUUAUCCCAUGUA